AUGGGUCGUGGACCAGAGCUUCACAAGACGCUGAGCAGUGUACUCUCUAUCUCUACUUCCGAGACGAUUAUGCCUGAUGACGAAACUCAUGGCGUUCUUGGUCUAACGACGCUCCACGAACCACCGCCUCCUAACAAGACCCUGGCCGAUAUUGUCUUCGUCCAUGGAUUAGGCGGAGGCAGCCGCAAAACAUGGUCUUAUUCCCCUAGUAAACAUCACUACUGGCCACAAGCAUGGCUAGCCAACGACCCGGACUUCGUAGAUAUACGCAUCCACUCCUUCGGCUAUAAAUCCGAAUGGGCUGAACGACAGCGAAGUAUCCUCGACAUCCGCGACUUCGCUGAAUCGUUAGUUGGAGGACUGAAGAACAAUCCCGGUAUACGGCGUAGUAGUACACGUAUUAUAUUCGUUUGCCAUAGUAUGGGUGGAUGUGUCGCUAAAAAGGCCUAUAUUAUGACACGCCAGGAUCCUAGUUGUAAGGACCUAGCCGACAGAAUUCAUUCCAUCUUCUUUCUAGGUACUCCACACAGGGGUAGUGAUCUCGCAGCAAUCCUCAAAAGACUGUCUAUUCUCGCCUGGGGCUCCAAACCGUUCGUAUCCGACCUCAUUCCUAACUCAUCUACACUGAGGGACAUUAAUGACACAUUUCGUCAUUAUGCUUCGAAUUUGCGCCUUUGGUCUUUCUAUGAGACACUUCCUGCUAGGCCUAGAAUAUUAAACAAGAUCGUGGUCGAGAGGCAUUCGGCGACCCUUGGUUACCCUAAUGAAGAGAUUAUCGCUAUGAACGCCGACCACCGUCAGUUGUGCAAGUUCAGCAGUCCCGCUGAUCCUAACUACAGAAUCUUGCGAAAUGCUCUUCACACGGUUACUGACAUGCUAAGGUCAUUGCCAUCUUUGGAUUUGACCUGUUCACAAACUUAUGUCCAAUUGACUUCCGCGCAGCAGAAUUUGAAUCAGAAGAGUGCUCGUCAGCGCCUGAGCUCGUUCUUGGGCGUCACCGAUGCGCCGGAGGAUGAGCUCCAGACUCUUCAAUUGCUUCAACACCCAGGUUCUUGCCGAUGGUUCACAGAAGCUGAAUGUUUCAUCUCAUGGAAGACAAAUAGGUCCCCUGGAAUACUCUGGCUCACUGGAAGACCAGGGUUUGGUAAAUCGGUACUAUCAAGCCACGUUGUGGAACAGGUAGAAUCAGCGGACUCUUUUUGCAGCUACUUCUUCUUCAAGCAAAGGGAGGCUAGCAAGUCCACGCUAAGCGAUUGUUUGCGCUCGCUCCUCUUUCAGAUGGCCAUACAAGAUAGUCAGAUGGCGGACAAACUCUUCGAAAUAGAAGCCGAGUAUGUAACCUGGGAUUUGACUGAUGAAUUGAGCCUUUGGAGGAAACUUUUUGUCAACGGAAUCUUCAAACUGCCAUCCAUCUCUCGGCAUUUCUGGAUAAUCGACGGUGUCGAUGAGUGUGUUAAUUUCAAUUCCCUCUUCACUAAGAGGAUCCUCGCUACGGUCCCCGAAGGCCUUCACUUUUUUGCUACCAGUCGUCAUCUAGACGAAAUCAGGCGCGGUUUGGCAUCCAUCGGGUCGCUUGUGUGCCUGCAGUCCAUAUCCGAAACUGACACGCUUAGCGAUAUGCGACUCCUUGUACAUUCAAAGCUUAGAGAGUUGGAUCGCCUAGAAAAUGACGAAAGUGUCCAUACGAUGUGCGAAAAGAUCAUAGAAAAAUCUUCUGGUUCCUUUUUAUGGGUCCGACUCGUUCUUCAAGAGUUUGGAAAUGUUUGGACUAGCGAAGCCAUGGAUGCUAUCCUCGAUGAAAUACCUAUAGACCUUCAAGAUAUGUACUGUCGAAUGUUACAGUCCAUAGAGAAGAAUAAGCGGACAGCCAAGCUUGCUAAAUCUAUCCUAUCGUGGGCUAUCUCGGCAUGCCGACCGCUUACGGCUACCGAGCUACGCGUUGCUGUGAAGCUCGACAUCAACGAGACGCUGCAAAACAUUAGCAAGGCAGUUCCUAGCUUGUGUCAUCAAUUAGUAUCUGUCGAUAGUAAUGACAGGGUGUACAUCUUACAUGCAACUGCGCGGGAAUUUCUUCUCAAUAAUGAUCUUCAUCCAGAAUUUAUUGUCCACAGUAUUGAGAAGCAUGCCUAUAUUGGAUCACUGCUACUUCAAUACCUCCUCAGCAAUGCCUCCAAGCUACAUGUACCACUGCAGCAGCAGAACUCGGGAUUUCGUGGUUUCGCAAAACCAACUGAUAUCGUUGCCUCUGAGCCGUCCAUGUUGGACUAUGCGACCUCUUUCUUCUCUGAGCAUGUAUACCGAGGCAUCUCAAGAGACGAUAUCCUGAUGGCGAAACUGUGUACUUUCGUGAAGGGUGGGGCCAUCCUCUCAUGGAUUGAAUAUGUCGCUAGAUAUGGGAGUCUUGGGGAUAUUACUAGGACGGCAAUAAAUCUGCGUGAAUAUCUCGAAGAGAAAGCGAGGUACCUCCCUCUCAUGGACCCCUCAGCUUAUCUUGUUGGCUGCUGGGUGACUGAUCUAAUACGAGUUGCUGCUAAGUUCAGGUCUCAGUUAUUAGUUUGUCCCUCAUCUAUCCACUACAUUAUUCCGUUAUUUUGUCCAUCUGAUUCAAUCAUUUCGAGAACUUUUGUCAAUGAUGCCAAAUCCUCAAAAAUAACUAUCAAAGGUAUCCCUCCAGCUUCAUGGGACGACUGCCUAACCCAUAUCGAUUUUGAGCGGGGUCGGGCCACUGCAGUGAGCUGUGACGCCCAUCUAUUUGCUGUUGGUUUAUCAACCGGCCAGAUUUCCCUCUUUAACGCUCACUCUAUUCAGCAUGUCGCGAGUAUCGCUCAUCCUGAAAGAGUCAGAAUGCUAAGGUUUAGCACUGACGGCGAAUUUCUUGCUUCUUCUGGAACCAAAACUCUGGUUGUUUGGCAGCUGAAAUCUAGGACUCAGAAAAUUUCUUUCCCACUGGAGUCGCAACUUAUUGCUUUUACUUUCCUGGGUGGUGAUGAGUUUCUUUGUGCCUUUGCGUCUGGUGAGCUAACUAAAUGGCGUCUCGACUCCGAUCAGCAUGACGAUCAGCAUGAAACAAUUUCUUGGAGAGGAGGGUACGCCGAAGAUAUCGCCGAUAAUCUGGGGAUCCCUAAACAGCCCCCAGGCCGUGCAGCAUUCUCUACGGCGGGCGAUGCGGUACUACUCGCGGUGGGUUAUCGAAGGUACCCAAUAUUCAUCUGGAAUGCAUUCGAGCUGCGAUUAUUAGGACAAUGUGGAGACGCCGAAAACAAUGGGAUAGAUGACAUGAUAUUCAAUCCCAACCCAGAUACCCCCGAGCUGAUAGUUUCAUACAACGACGGCAGACUAUGUCUCUUCAAUUACCAUACUUUAACACCCACGUUCAAUCAGUCAAAUGUGUUCGCGCAUAGCAUCGCCUGUUCCCCCGACGGUCGCAAUCUCAUAGCCGGCAGCACCAAGGGUCUUAAGAUAUUUAAAUUCAGUCAGGACCACAUCGGAAACACUAUAUUAAUCCCUAUUUACAGCAUCCAAUCACCCGACGAGUCGAUCCGUAGCGUAGCCUUUAGUGCUGAUGGUCUACGCUGCCUCGACAUUCACGACGAGCAGUGUCGCGUGUGGGCGCCUACGGCUCUAAUACGGAAGGACAAUGAGCUAGGGAGCGUAGACGCCGUACCGCUUUCUCCCAAAAUCGCUCGCACAACCCUGGGACCCGAAAUUCCAGAAAUCACGAGCGCUCUAGUUGUUUCCUCAAGCACCAGUUGUGUCAUCGCAGGCAAGAGUAACGGCGAGUUAGGUGUGCUUUAUGACCACGGGCGCGGCGUUUCAAUCGUCAACGUCGCCUUAGAUGAUGCCGGUAGGGUGCUUGUGGCAGAGUUGUCCAUCGCUACCUCCUCGGUGACACAGGGUUUACCAUCCGCCCAUGUCGUUCUGGAUCGCAAGUUCGGUGCUUCGAUCAUUAAUCUACUCGUCAACCCUUCGGCGGACCGCCUUUUAAUAUGUGGGCGCCACACGGACGAACUAUGCGACUUGCCAUCUGGUCGAGUUUUUAGUCCUAUAGUUCUUAGUGAUAGUCUGGCAGCAGCAACAGCUCUCCAGCACCCCACCAACGAGUCUUGGUUUGUCCUGAUGUCCGCCAACGCUCGUAGAAUCUUUUGUUGGUCUGACUUUCAGGAAUUGGCUACCACGAACGACAUCCUUGAGGAGCCCUCGACGUUCGUUGAGUCCCCCCUCUCUCAACCUCUUCCAGCGACUAAAACACCAUCAAUGCGGGGCUCAUCGUAUUCCGUCGGACAGGAUUUCGUCCUCGAGCUGCGUAAGGUAUCACGUUUUACACCCCCACAAGUGUACGCCUGGCCGGCGCAAACAUUCGACCCAACAACGCCGCUAUCGGCAUCCCAAGCGUCUCCUACGGAAGUAGACCUUGCUGCCAUCGGCACCGACAUAAUGACAGUACUCGGCGUCGUAGGGAAGUCCACAGUUCUCUUUAUGGACGCCAAUCUCUGGGUAUACAGCAUGGAACUUCGUCUAGAACAAUCAGAACCAUACGCCCGCGCCAGCCUUUUUGGUGAAAAGCCGGUAGUACAGGAUGGAUCCAAGCCGCCUACGCAACAAGUACUACCGAUUUUCAUAAGGAGACAUUUCUUCGCUCUAAGUGAAUGGUGCACAGAUAGUGGAGAGCUGCGAUGUAUAGCGGCUCAACACGCCGAAGGUACGAAGUUCUUUUUCGCGAGUAGGCAGCAUAUUGUUGUCGUUCGACGCGGGUUGGAAUUCUGGGAUACUGUAAUUGGCAAUUAG